UGAUUCCUUCCCACUUGUCCAAAAACGAAAAAAAUAAAAUCAAGUACUUGGACACCUUGAACCCCCAUUAUGGUUGCCAAAGAGAGAGUUGUCAUUAUAGGCAGCGGCUGGGCAGGAUACCGUUUGGCAUACGGCCUAGACACGUCCAAGUUUCAAGUCAUAGUCAUCUCCCCCGAAAGCACAUUGGCGCUGACACCUCUCCUAGCCAGCGCUGCCUGUGGCCUCUUUGAUCCCCGGCUGGCACAUGAGCCCAUCAGAAGCAGAGGCUUUCACGGAGAAUACAUUCAAGCGGAGGUGCUAGAUGUGGACUUUGUGAAAAACCAGAUCAUCUGUCGGCCAAACUUUGAGGAGCUCAAGCAAACAAGGUUGGAAGUGUCAUAUGAUCGCGUGGUUUUGGCUCCUGGAUGUCGCAUCAAUACCUUUGGUAUUCCUGGCGUUUCUAAAUAUGCGCUUUUCGUCAAGAAUGUCGCUGGGGCCAAUGCUGUGCGCUCCAGGCUCAAUGCUGUGCUUGAGAUGGCAUCUCUCCCCGGCACAUCUGCCGCUCGUCAGCAACAGCUGCUACAUGUUGUUGUGGUGGGCGGCGGUCCCACCGGCAUCGAGGUGGCUGCUGAACUCACCGAUAUCUUUGCAGGUGAAAUGCUUAACUUGUACCCUCAGCUUGCGGGUAAAGCGUCCAUAUCCGUGCACGAUGUCGCGCCGCAAAUUCUGGCCCCUUUCGACAAGCAGCUGGCCAAAUAUGCCACCGAGGCUCUCGCCAAGGGCAAGGUGGAUGUCAAGGUCAACUCGCACAUCACUUCUGUGAGCCAAGAUGCCAUCGAGACGCGCGAGCAUGGAAGUAUCCGAUACGGUAUGCUUAUCUGGGCAACGGGAAAUACGUCCGUGCCGCUUGUGGAUACUCUCCGAGUCAAAAAGACGGCGCAGGGCAUGGUUCGAAUACUAACAAGCAAUCAUCUCGGCGUGCUCGACGAACAAGGCAGCGUUAUUCCCAACGCUUUUGCUCUUGGCGAUGCCGCUGAUAUUGAAGGAGGAACGCUCCCGACCACGGCGCAAGUAGCUGUGCAGAAAGCGGAUUAUCUUAUACAAAUGUUCAAUGACGCAAAAUCCGACCCUGAUCUCUGCUCAUCUUUUUCUUAUAAGCGGCGUGUAAUGGUGACAUAUACUGGCAGCAAGGACGGCAUCGUGCAGGGGGAACGCAAUUAUACAGGCUACACAGCGUGGCUCGGAUGGAGAGCUGGUAACUUCAUCUGGGUCAGAUCUUGGAGGCGCAAAUUCUUUCUGUGCUUUGCUUGGUUGAUGGACUAUCUAAAUGGGAGAGAGCUUGUUUUACACUAGUGCAAGUCACAUUGAUUUUCAACUUGUCAGAAAUCCAUAUCUGCGCCGCCAGCC